UUCAAAUAAUUCCUUUUACUGCAGAUUAACAGAGGCAUCAAUAUUACUGAUACCCAAUUACCAGAGCCGCCUUCUAGUCAACAAUACAAAUUCACAAAAUUUGCCGCAUCUGCAGGUAAAAAGAUGAAAAAGUUAAAAAGAAAUUUUACCCACAAUGACAUCGCCAUUUGGAUGGCUAGACGUUUUUCUGGGGUCGACGCCGACAUAACAGAGGAAAAGACAAAAGAUGACAAAACAGAGUCAUCUCAAAAAGUAAACGUAUCCCAAGAAUACGAGGUAUCAAAAUCCAUGUAUAACAUAACACAAGAAGUUAAACUGAGAUAUCCCGAGCGUUGUGUGGAUUCUGGAAACGUGACAUAUCAAAACGUCGAAUUUUCAUCUACCGAUAAUUCCGACCAGACUGCAAGUGACAGAAGUAAAAAUAGUACAAUCAAAAAGUCUAGAUUUUUAGAAAAGUUCAGGAAGAGCAUCUCGUUGUCUGCAGAUUCUGCUAACGAAUUGACUCAACAGCUAAAUAAACCUCGCAGUACUUUCUAUCUCACUAGUGAAAUUGAAUUAAGUGAUAAUUUAGUCACAGACAUGGGCUCUAAGUCUAGUUUGAAUUCAUUAGGCAACGACAAAAAGAAUUCACCGAAACACAGUGUCGAACAAAACUCUAGGAAUUCUGUUACUAUCCGGCCCAAAUGCCCUCCGCCUCCCGUACCAGUUGAUAACAAUCUACACAUAGGUAAGUGACAACUCGAAGUUUGU